UACUGAUUAAAAUUAAAAACAAAUCUGUCAUGAGACUACUUUUGGCUGUGUCAGCCAUUGUGUUGGUCAUUGCCAACAACCACCCAGUUGAAGGAUUGUCAUGUCGAUCUGGUUUCAACACUUCUGUGUAUGGAAUUCCUAUCACGUUCUGGGAUGAAUCAAAUCAAUGUUCGUCCGCUUCUCAACAAUCAUGUUUCCUCGGAGAAAUUUCAUACAAAAUAUCGCUUAUAGAGGAUGAACUUGCACUGACGUAUGGGUCCUGCAUUUCAUCAGCCUACGAAUCGUUGCUAUCUUGUGAUGAAUUAUUCGGUACCAAUGGGUUGAAUGUUGAUAGAAUAUUACUUAUGCUUCCCGAUUUACAAAAUCAACUUAAUGUUGUCAUCGACGAUUUUUCCGAGAGGGCCGCAAAGGAAGUGAUGAAGUUUCUUCAGAAUGAACACGGCGAAUUCGACAACGUAAAGCUGACGCAAUCAAUUUUUCAUGGACUGAAUGUGACUGUUCCAGACAACGUAAAACCAGUAUUAGAAAAAAUCGACUCUCUGCUUCUCACCGCUGUAGUUAACGUUUCUCAAGUUGAAAAAGCGUCGGACAAACUGUUAACUAGCUUCAGUAAUCUCAGCACGCCGGAUGCAGCCGCGAGUAAGCUUAUAUAUGAUUUGUUUAGACGCAAUGGAGUGCCGGUUCCAGACAACUACAGACCUAUGAUUGAGAAUCUACCUGGCUUCAUUAUUCAAUUUUUCAAAGAUGAUCCAAAUUAUCAGAAUAUUAAUGCUACGCUUUACACAGUUCUCGCAAAUAUAGAUGUCACCAAUCCCAUUGCUUCUGUGCAAUCUGUACCUCAACUACUGAAUUCUUUGGUGCCGUCAGCAUACAGGCUUUCGCCGCUUUUUGAUUCACUCUCUCAACUCAUAGACGAAUUAGCAAAGGAAAAUUACGACUAUCUGAAUACAUGGGGCAUCAAUGUAAUGAAAGAAUAUAGUAGAGUGACACCAGCAACAGAAGCACUAAGCAAUUCAACCUUCGACCUUCUCAAACGUUUUGGAGUCAACCUUACUGAUGAUAUGAUAACACUUAUCAAAUAUCAGCCAGGAUAUUUCUACAACUUCGUUGAUUAUAGUGAUGAAUUGGAUUAUAUAUUUCUCAAUAUAUCUAAGGCUAUUGAUGCAAUAGAUCCAACCGCGCCACCAAAUACAAAAUCACUUCUUGAGUCUUUUGGUGUCAAGGUCGAGCUUGCUGGUAUGGAUCAAGUUUUUUCAACAAUCGAUGGUAUUAUUGAAGUCGCGUCUACGGGAAACUGGAUGGCGCUGGGAAUAUAUUCCUUAGAAGCACUACAGGAAUCAAGCACAGUUACAACUCAGAGUUUGGCCAUGAGCAAUUCAAUAAAUAGUCUACUGGAAAGAUCAAAUAUUUCCUUGAAAAAAGAGGUUAAGGAUGUAAUUACCUAUCUUCCCGGGUUAUUUAUUACAGCCUUUCAGCAAGACGUAGAUUUAAUAAACUCGAUUUACUCAAAUAUUUCAGUCAAUUUAAAUAACAUCGAUUUCACGUCUCCGAAUUAUGGGAAAAUGUUGAAUUCGGCUCUCUCGCCACUUCUCAUGUUGAAUUUGACAUCCGAAAUGACAACAAUUCUGGAAAAAAUACCAUCCGAACUUAACAUAUCUGAUCCAGUAGGAACUAUUAAAGCCGUCAUAGACUUUGUCGUUCCUUUAAUACCAGUUAAUAUGAACGCAACUCUCCCACUUCUGCGAGGGUUACCAGAUUUAAUAAACGAGAUGAUCAAAGGAAAUUACAAUUAUAUCAACCUAUGGCAAGCUGAUGCACUAAAAGCAGUCAGUACAACAACAAAUGAGACUAAAAUGUUGAAUAACGCGAUUGUUGAUAUGUCAAAACGAUUUGGAUUUGAGGAUAAUAUGACGAGAGAAACAAAAGAUCUGAUUGGUCUCCAGUUGGGAAUAUUUUACACUACACAUCCUGAAUCACAAGACGAGGUUAACUCUGCUAUCAACGUUGUUACUGCGAUCGUAGAAGCUACUGAUCUAACAAAACUGCCUGAUAUAGGGAACAUAAUAAGUUUACUUCCAGGAGGUGACUCUUUAGAUGUGAUGAACCAAUUUGCUGCGUCAAUGAAAGAAAUUUUUGACCCAUUGAAUGUCCCGGGCAUUGACAAUCCCACAAAUGAACCACCCACUUUUAGCCCUUCUUCUUUCAACUUUACAACAAUAGUCGAAGCUAUUCUUCAGCAACUAAAAGACAUUAAUGUCACCCUGCCGGCUGAGGUUCAUUCUGAAAUAAGCAAACUUCCAUCUAAAAUCAAUGUAUCAGAUCCCGUUGGAUCUCUAGGAAUGGCAAUUAAUUCAAUUUCCUCUUUACUACCGCCAGAUAUUAAACCGAUUGUAAUGCCGGUACUCAACACCCUGCCAGAGCUUUUGAAUCAACUAUUGCAGAAUAAUGUCGAAUAUCUUUACACAACUUGGCAACUCGAGCUAUUAAAAUCAGUGAGCAGAAUCACAGCCACAACAGAAGAACUUAGAAAUUCAAUAUUCGAACUUUUGAAACGAUAUGGAGUAUAUGAUAAUAUAACCAAUGACAUGAAAACUUACAUUACCUACCAACUUGGAUAUUUCUAUCUAUUCAUUCCCCCUGAAAGCCAUGUUACCUUGGAAUACACAUAUAAAAAUCUGUCAGCAAUAUUGGACUUAAUCGAUCCUACCAGCCCACCUGAUUUGAGAAGCAUUUUUAAUUUACUUUCGCCCGUUGCCGAUUUUACCGUCAUUGAUCAGAUUAUUCCGACGUUACAAGGAUUCAUAAAUGCCGCUAUGACUGGUAAUGCUACUAAAAUUAGAAUUUAUAGUAUAGAAGCGUUGAAAAAUACCAGCAAAUCAACAACAGAAAGUCUACAAUUUAGCAAUUCAAUAAUCAGUUUACUAGAACGUAUGGGCGUUCUUCUUUCUAAAGAAGUAAAAGAAAUAAUUAUGUACUUGCCAGGAAUAUUUACUGCUUCCCUUCACGACAACGAAGCCAUGAUUAACGCAAUUUUUGCCAAUGUGAGUCAAGGAAUAAGCAAUUCAUUUAUUACCACUCCCGAAGAUUUGGACGCAGCUAUUCAAUCGACUAUUCAACAGCUUGGGAUGCUUAAUCUCACAUUGCCACCUCCAGUUUUAUAUAUACUCAAUGAAAUUCCAUCGAAAAUCAACUUCUCGGAUCCGAUAUCGUCUCUGCAGGGUGCGGUUGAUGUGUUAGAGACCCUAAUACCUCCAGAAAUGAACAUUACGAUACCGAUGAUGAACACUUUGCCGGAGUUGAUAAACCAGCUUACACAAGGAAAUUUCAUUUAUCUAAAUACUUGGCAAUUGGAACUACUGAAAACAGCCAGCAAAAUAACACCAGCGACGGAGCAACUGAGCAAUGCAAUUUUCAAUCUGACAAUGAGGUUUGGAGUUUACGAGAAUUUGACUGAUGAUAUGAAGACUGCAAUAACAUACCAACCAGGAUAUUUUUAUCUAUUUGCUCAAGAAAAUCCUGAUGUUUUAGAUAUGUUAUUGCGUAAUAUGUCACUGAUCAUCGACAACAUUAAUCUUUCCAAAACACCAGAUCUGAUGUCGAUCCUUUCAGAAAUUAUUUCGCCGGAUAUUUUAUAUCCGGAAGUGAGUCAAGCAACUGCAUCGAUAAAAAGAUUCAUUGAUGGAAUAAUAUCAAACAAAACGUGGGUUGAUUCAUUGCUCAUUAGUUCAAUUGGUGCUUUACAAAAUAGCAGCACUAUAACAACAGAAAGUAUCGCAUUGUCGAACAGCAUUGUAAACUUGCUGCAAAGAAUGAACGUCACUGUUAAUUCAGAUAUAAACAAUGUCAUCAAAUACUUUCCAGGACUAUUCGUAAAUAUGUUCCAGGACAAUAUAACCUUAAUCAAUUCGUUUUUUGCAAAUAUCAGUCAAAGCUUGGACGCGAUCAACACAACUACUUUGCGACAGCCUAUUACGUUCUUACCGAAAUUUAUUUCAAACAUCAUGGAUGGCAUGCCCUUAUUGGAGGCAUUUGUUCAAAGUAUUGGAGAAACCCUUUACACUGAAGCUGAAUUAACCCAAGAGAGUCUGGAUUUAACGAAUUCAAUUGUUCAAUACUUUGAAAAAAUGAAUGUGACUCUGGAUGACUUUGCUAAAGACGCCCUCAAACACAUUCCUGGUAUUUUUGUAACAUUAUUCCCCGACAAUGUUACGUUAGUAAACGAAAUUUAUUCCAACAUUACUAAAAACUUGAAUGCUGUUAAUUUGACCCAUCCAGAUUGGUCUACGCCAUUGGAAUCAACGAUCCAGCAACUAGAAAUGAUGAAUAUAUCCAUUCCAGAUGAAAUUAAGACAAUGCUACAAAAUUUGGCUUCUAGAAUAAAUAUGUCAGAUCCCAUCGGAUCUUUGCGACUUACUAUCGAAGCUGUAGUUUUGAUUCUACCUGCCGAAGUUCAAUCAAUAGUGCCAACUUUACAGUCUAUUCCCAACUUGCUGGAUCAAUUGAUCCAAGGCAAUUUUGAGUACAUUACAUCUUGGCAACUCGAGCUACUUAAAAGUUACAGCAGAAUUACACCUGCUACACAAAUGCUCAGUAAUUCAGUAUAUGAAAUGACCAAACGAUUUGGAAUUUACAACAACCUUACGUCUGAUUUGCGCACUUUAAUCGAUUAUCAACCUGGAUAUCUCUACAUGUUUUUCGUUGGCAAUGAAAACGAUUUGGAAAUCGCAUAUAGCAACAUAUCUGCGAUAAUUGACUCUAUCAAUUCUACUAAUACUCUGGAUCUGAUGUCGUUGCUUGGAUCAGAAGGUUUCAAUUCAAAUCUAACUGAAAUAGAGUACAUCGUCGAGGUAACUGAGCAACUUUUAAAGGCAACAACAAGCGGAAAUAUAAAUAUAAUUUUAAACACUUUGCUGCAAUCCUUCACGAACUUGAGCAUCCCCAGUGACGAAAGCCGCGAUUUGAGUAACACUUUAUUGGAUUUUAUAGGAAAUGUCAACGUCUCGUUACCUCAAGAUGUGUUGGACGUGAUAAGUAAUUUACCUGGAUUUUUCAUCAGAAUAUUUCCCAACGAAACUGAAGUGAUAAACAUUGUUUACGAACGAACAGCCCAGAGUAUUAGAGAUUCCAUGAUGUCGAGUGGUUUCAAUAUCGAACAAAUUAUUAAAGACACAAUUCAACAGUUGAAUGCUUCUGGUAUUUCAAUUCCUGGUGAGCUGAACGUAAUAUUGGAUAACGUGCCAGCGUUAUUCGACGCAGUAACGAAAGGUGAUACAAAUCGAAUCAAUAAAUGGUUGGUAGAAGUUAUAUCUCUCCUAAAAACGCCAUCCACCAACUCUUCUAUCACAUUGAUAAAUUCUGUCAAAUAUUUGCUCGGACAAAUCAAUGGAGUCGACACAUCCGGGUUAGAAGUGGCUUUAAACUAUCUUGUCACCUUGCCUUAUCAACUUCUGGAAGAAACAAAUACACAAACUAUUGACUCGGUGUACGACAGUAUAUCUAACAAUUUGGUGAAAAUAAACAUCUCGGCUACAAAUUUGAUGAACCUUGAAAACGUCAAUAUCAACCAGGUGAUUGAAGACACAAUGAAGUUACUGAAUAUGAACAGCACCAUCAUUCCCAACGAUGUGAAGACAAUUAUAAAAUUAUUGCCAACGUUGGUCGACUCCUUAACAAAAUUAAACACCUAUGAAAUUAAUAUUUGGCUUGUGAACGUUAUGGGACUUCUGGACACGCCUACGACAAACGCUUCACUGGCACUGGUUAGCGCUGUGAAACAUGUACUCAGCCAGAUUGAUGGAGUUGAUACAUCCGGACUUGAGGCAGCUUUGAACUACAUCACUACAUUGACUUAUCAACUCCGGCCAAGUCAGGAUACCCACACUAUUGACGCCGUGUACAACAGCAUCGCAGAUUCAUUGAUCAACAUAAAUCUUACAGCGUUCGAUUCUAUGACUCCGAGCAAUUUCAAUAUUGAACAAGUUAUUAAAGAUACAAUAGAACAAAUCAGUUUAUCUGGUGUCGUUAUUCCCGUCGACGUAAGAAUAAUCGUGAAUAAUUUACCAGCUUUAUUCAAUGCUGCAACAACAAAUAACACAGAAGCGAUCAAUGCUUGGUUAGUAGAAAUUAUGUCUUUACUGAACACGCCCUCAACUAACGCUUCCAUUACAUUAGUAAACGCUGUGAAGCACGUACUUGGCCAACUGGAUGGAGUCGAAACAAGCGGGCUUGAAGCAGCAUUGAAGUAUAUUGUAACUUUACCUUAUCAGCUGCUCGCAGGCAAUAAUUCUCAGACUAUUGACACAGUGUAUGAUAGUAUUACCAAUUCAUUGAUGAAUAUAAAUCUAACUGCUACGGAAUUCAAUCCUUCAUCUCUCAGCGAAAUGUUCGAACAAUUGGAUACAUCGUUCUUGCCAGCAGAAUUGACUCCUUUGCUAAAAAGCUCCGAGAUCUUAAUUAUGGCUGCUACAACAAUGAAUGAAACCUUAUUUAUGCAAUGGAGUUCAUACAUUCACACGCAUUAUUGCUCUUCCAACGACGUUACAAAAUCUUUUGCUCAAACAAUAUCGACAAUGUUGUCAGAGUAUGGAAUAUCAGUUCCUGGCAGUGCGCAAUUGGGACUUGAAUGUGUUCCCGGAUCUUUGUAUGCUGCUUUACCAGACCAGGCUGCUCUGAUAACUGAUGUUUUUAAUCAAAUGACACUGGCUUUCACCAACUACUCGGGCUACAUUGAAGGACAAUUCAGUCAGCUAAACGUCUCCGUCCCGUUUGAACUGACUGUUUUGAUCAACAAAUUGCCAAAAAUUCAGACUGCCCUCGCUCAAAACAAUAUGUCACAAAUCAUACAACUGCUGAUUGAACUUCAACAAGACAUGGCUAAAGAAACCGAAUUAAGCAAACUAAUCGUGACUAUUCUUACUAAGGCAGGGGUAAACGUAACAGAUCAAAUAUCAAUGUCUAUUCGCCAAGCAUCAACUUCAGCAUACAACCCAUCCUGGCCACAAGUCCACCCGACAUUGGAUACAAUAUUCUCUUCCCUAAAUGAAGACAUCGCUGCAAACAAAGAUAUCGGUGUUGCAAUUCAAGAUGCUUUCGCAAAAGCUAAUGUGACCAUGUACGAUCGGCUUAUUCCUGUUUUAAAUAAUGUGCAAUCUCUCAUCGACGCUGCAACUAUAAAUGAUGUGCAGGGUAUAAACGACGCCAUUUUGAAUAUAUUGGUAUCUUACAACGCAUCGUUCCCAUCGGAUCAAGUCCAGUUGUCAAUCUACACUUACAAAUUUCAGCUUGCACUGAUGAAUAAUAUGGAUAUGCUAAAAACUUCCUUACCCGAUGAAGCCUUCGAACAAAUCGUUAACGUAUACCAAUUAAUUUUGAAAUCUGUUAACGUCACCGGAACAGAUUUAAGAAACAGGCUUCUGCAACUUUUCCCUGAUGGCAGACCCAUUAUCGAAAUAUUUUUCCAACUAGACCCAAAACAAGCAUUCUCUUCAAUGUCAAAUUUUGUUUACUGGAUAUUUGAUCCCGAGAGAACAACAACGACAUUGGCUUCCUACAUAAAUUCAACCAUACAUCUUCUUCUUGACAAGCACGGUGUUAAUGUUGCUCAGUUAUUGAAGACUCUAGUGGAACCGAAAUCUUGUUCGUACGAAGUUUGUAAAACGGACAACUGUAACGUGAGAGACAUUCUGCCAGCACAUACCACAUCUACAACAUCCAGCAGUGUAGAAUCAACGGGGCCGUUUACCUCCACAUCUCCGAAUAGUUUGACAGAUCAAGCCCUUACAACAUCGACGAUUUGGUCAGAACCUGUUACAGGGACUUCAAAUACUACCGAUACAACCACCUUCAGUGGUGGUGUAAUUAAUUUACAUAACGCUGCGUCUUUGACGUUAUUUUUUUCAAGCGUACUUUUUUCAAUUACCUCUUUUGAUAUAUAACGCACAUAUAUAUAAUGAAGGUUGAUUCGAAUUAUUGUCAAAAUUGACAAUCAAAAUUUGUUCAAAAAUACACGAGCGCCUGUACCAAUCUCAAAUUUUGAGUAAAGUUUCAUUUACUGUUAUCACGUGCCUUGUGAUAGAUGUCUUUUCUCACGCUUUUAUCGCAGCAAUAAAUCGAUGCGUAAAAUUUUAUUUCGUUAUUAUGUAAAAGUUUCAUUGUAACUUAGAACAAAUAUUUCUGUGAAAAACUUCCAUUUUUAUUUGUCACAUUGUUUUUUAUGCUUUAGCCAAUUGUUUUUCAUAAUCCGAUAUAACUUUUAGUUAGGAUGUCGGUUGUGACGUAUCGCAUAUUUGAAAUUGUCACUAAUUCCACUCAGAAUAUAUUUAUUUUUUAAUAUAACAAAUUAAGCUAAAACUAUUUUUUGUUAGGUUUGUUGAAAGUUAAAUAUCUAUGUAUUACCAUCUCAACAAUACACCGUUAACUACCCCGGAGAAAAAUUAUUUUUUACGCAAGUGACGAUUAGUAAAACAUAAUUGGAAUUUGUGUGAAUUAGACAGGAUCAUCCUUUUUUCGAUGCAAUAGUUUAUUGAACACCAGUUUUGUGUUUUUUAUCCAUUUUUGAUUAAUUUUCUAAAAAAUUAUGUUUGCAAUAAGUCAGAUGACGGGUUUCAUGUAUAAUCUGGGAUUUUUAAAAAUUAUUUGGCAACCUACAUUUCAAUGCUUUUGUUCAGUUUGAAAAUUUUUGUUCUCAGAUUUAACUAACUUUAAAUGGUCUAUAGAAUAAAAGUAAUAUUGAUAAAAAUAGGCUUAUUAAAUUGGUUUGGUUUCAUAUUUCUAUAUUAAAUACCUUUCAAAGUUUUAUAUCGCCGGUAAUUUUUGUUUCCCAAGUGCUUGCCCAACUAUUUUAUGCAUCAUAUACGAUCAAAAUGCACUAUCAUUGUUUUUUUUAAUGGUGUUAUUUUGUGGCACAUUGUACUUUCUACACGUCUACAAUUUGUAGAGACCUCGACUUCUGAAAAUCACAAAGAAAAUUGAAAUUACAGCCAUAUCAGUGAAAUUAGCAUUUGUCCGUCGAAACCCCAAUUCUUCCAAAAUAAAUUCUCAGUGGGCUUACAAUUUUUCUCAAAAUCACUGUAUUUGGUCUGAUCGUAUUUAAUUGCUGUAGAUCUGCCGUGAAGAUAGUCUUAGAAAAAUGCCGUGAUUUGAAGUAUGGUUAGGACCUGUUAUCUCGUUAAAAUUAUUCCAUAAAGCAAAUGUGACGUAUUGUUUCCAAGGAUUUUAUCAACUCAGCAGUAUACUUGAUUUAUAUAUAUUUAUUACGCAUUAGCUUCAUGUCACAAAUACAUGUAAUGUAUCUUAAGUGCCUAACCAUAAAUCUAUAAUGUUCUUCCAAUCACCAAAUGUGUAUAAAAUCAUAAUUUACAAUUAUUAUAGUUGAUGUUCAUUUACAUACAGCAUUCUAUAUGUAAAACUCAAUAAAUACACAUUUUUAUAUUUACUUUAAAAUAAUCAAGAUUUUCAUUGAAUUUACCUUAUUUUCGUUCUUUAUCGCAACCCGCACUAAUAUUUAAAAAAAAAGAUUUGUGUUAAAAAUCGAAGUAAAAAUAUACUUUACAGCUAGGGAAUAAUGCUAAAUUAAUUAGAAUCUGAAUUUGGCGAAGUACGAACAACGAUAACUAUAUCUAUGGUUCAUAAAAGACUGAAAAUGAGAAAUUUUAUAUCUACUACGAUAGUUGAUAUUUGAGUGAAGAGAAAGCAACAUUUUUAUUCCUUUGUAGGAUUUGAACUCGUUUUUACAAACUGUCUGUCUGUUUAUUCUCGUGCUUUUAUUGUCUAGGCUUUGUAACCUGGAGUACGAUAUACAGUGAAUUGAUCUCGCUCUGGAAGCGAGAAUUUUUCUGUCUCCUACAUUUAAUAAAGUAAUAUCUCCAGUAAAAUAUCCGAAAUUUAUUAAUACAUAAAAUUGUACUUGACUUGAACUAUUAAUCAUAAAUAUCGAGGGUGAAUUAGUCUAUAUUGUAUCAUAACUGUAUAUAUUAUUUCAAAUCUUUCAAUGCAAAAACCUGCUAUUUCAAUGCAAAAAUCAUUUGUCCUAAAUAUAUUAUCAGCUUAU